UCACAUUUCCCUCUAAAAACUCAGUUUCAAAUCUUGAGCUGCAUUUCUACCAUUGCGGGCGACGCCGACAUGGGUGCUGCUACCACGAACAAGAAGCCCCACGCUGUGUUCGUGCCGUUCCCGGCUCAGGGGCACAUCACGCCGAUGAUGAAGCUGGCAAAGAUCUUUCACUGCAAGGGCUUCCAUGUCACCUUCGUCAACACCGAAUAUAAUCACCGCCGUCUGGUCCGCUCCCGCGGUCCUGACGCCGUGGCAGGCCUUUCGGACUUCCGCUUCGCCACCAUUCCUGACGGUUUGCCCCCGUCCGAUGCCGAUGCCACGCAGGACAUACCAUCCCUCUGCAAUUCCAUCAUGACCACCUGCCUCCCCAACCUAAAGAACCUACUCCACGACCUCAACAGUGCAGCUGAGGUGCCACAGGUGACAUGUGUCGUGGCGGAUGGCGUCAUGAGCUUUAGCAUGGAUGCCGUGGUGGAACUCGGCGUGCCGUGUGUGUUGUUCUGGACUGCCAGCGUCUGCGGUUUCAUGGGCUACCGCAACUUCCAGUUCCUCCUAGACGAGGGCCUCACCCCUCUCAAAGACGAAGAGCAAGUGAAGAACGGGUACUUGGACACGCCGGUGGCACACGCACGUGGGAUGAGCAAGCACAUGCGUCUCCGAGACUUCUCAUCCUUCAUCCGCACGACGGACCCUGGCGACGUGAUGUUCAACUUCCUCAAGCAUGAGGUCGAGCAGUCGGACCGUGCGGCCGCUGUCAUCCUCAACACCUUUGACGAGCUUGAGCAGACGGCUCUGGACGCCAUGUGUUCCAUCCUCCCUCUGCCCGUCUACACCGUCGGCCCACUUAACUUCCUCACUGAGCGGCUGGUUUCGGAAGGCGAUGUUGGUGACAGGCUCGCCGCCAUACGCCCCAGCCUCUGGAGAGAAGACUGGUCCUGCCUCGAAUGGCUCCGGGGUAGGGAGCCCCGAUCCGUGGUGUAUGUCAACUAUGGAAGCAUAACCACCAUGUCCGGGCAGGAGCUGGUGGAGUUUGCGUGGGGGCUUGCCAACUGCGGCUACGACUUCCUCUGGAUCGUGAGGAAUGACCUGGUAAAGGGCGAUACAGCCGUCCUACCUCCUGAGUUCCUGGAGGCAACCAAGGGCAGGUGCCUUCUUGCGAGCUGGUGCGAGCAGGAGGCGGUGUUGCGGCACGAGGCGGUGGGCGCCUUCUUGACACACUGUGGGUGGAACUCAAUGAUGGAGGGCCUUAGUGCCGGGGUGCCAAUGUUGUGUUGGCCCUUCUUCGCUGAGCAGGAAACCAAUUCCCGUUACGCGUGUGUGGAGUGGGGCAUUGGGAUGGAAGUUGGCGAUGAUGUGCAUCGGGAGGUGGUCGAGGCAAGGAUACGGGAGGUGAUGGGAGGAGAAGGGGUGGGGAAAGAAAUGAGGCGGAAGGCGGCGGAGUGGAGCGAGAUAGCCGUUCGUGCAACAACACAACCUGGUGGCAGGUCGUUGGCCAACCUCGAGAGUCUGUUCAAGGAUGUACUACUGACCGCCGCUAAAAUUGUUGGGUAGAAUUGGGAAUUUGAGAUGUAUGCGGAUCCAACCGAUAGGUUGCGAGAUGUGAAUUUGAGUUUCUGCAUGGACUGUUGAUCGAAUAAGGUGUGUCCGUAGCUAUAAGGUUAGCAUAUUGUUUGGUUGGGCUGUGGCCGGGCAACAAGUUAGCCAUUGUGGGUAAGUUGGUUGUGCUAGGGAAAUAAUGUUUCGCCCAAUCAUAUGGUCGUGUGUACAUGUAAUGCAUUUUCAAUUAUGUUUGUGAGA